GGGGAGGGGGGUGAGUUGACCCCAACAUGGCGGCGGCCGUGAGUGAGGCUGCGGAGGCGAAGGAGAAGGUGGAGGCCGCCGGCGAGAAAGGCGGCGGGGGACGAGGCGGCGGCGGGGACGACAGCGAGGAGGACGAGGAAGAUGUCUUCGAGGUGGAGAAGAUCCUGGACGUGAAGGCUGAAGGGGGCAAAAUACUGUACAAAGUGCGGUGGAAAGGAUAUUCGUCGGAUGAUGAUACAUGGGAACCUGAGGCUCAUUUAGAAGACUGUAAGGAAGUACUUCUUGAAUUUCAAAAGAAAAUAGUGGAUGCUAAACCAAAACCUGUUAAAAAAGAGGUACAGAAACUGCCUUUAAACGAUGAUUUAUUUGAAGCAGAUUCUGAAGCAGAUAGUGACUGGCAAAGUGAUACAAAAGAUGACCUGUCUCCAAACAAGAAAAAGAAAAAAUCUAAAGAGAGGGAGGACAAAUACCAAGAUGAAAUGAGAAAGAAAAAAUCUAAAUUAGCAAAAGGCAAAGAGAGACCUGUGCUAGAACGUGAAAAUUCCUCUGAAAGUUUGACUUCAGAUUCAAAACCAAAGAAAAGGACUUCGGAGGUGAAAGAGGACACAAAAGAUUCCAAAAAACAGAGGAGAGAAGAUUCAAAAGACAGCAGUAAAAAGAAAGGAGAGUUUAAAGAUAUAAAGAAAAAAAUAAAAGAGGAAUUUAAGGAAAAUAAACACUUUCAAAAGGAUAGAUCCAGUGCUCUGCAGUUAGAUUUUGAACCCGGCAUGCUGGAUAGUUCAUUUUCUCCAGGUAUUGAUGAUGAAUCUGUGGAUUUGGACUCAGACAGCAGUGAGGAAAAACAUAAAAUAUUUUCUGGGAAAGAUCAGGCAGAAGAGGAAAGUCUGCCUCGGGUUCUAGUGGUGGAAAAGCAUCCAGACAGCUCAACAAGCACAGACAAUAGUUGUGAAGUGAAAGUGAAGAAAAAGAAGAAGAAACACAAAAGGCCCGAAGAACCCGAGGACAGCAGGAAAGUGGACUCCAGAGACAGGCACCUGGAGAAGAAAAGCUCGCACAAAAAGCAGAAACUACCAGAGAAAGCAAGAUUGGCUGUUGAGCUGGAGCACAAGAGGUCUGCUGUGCCUGCCCCAGUGCAGAAAGGCUCAAGGCCGUCCAACGAUGAGCGAGGGCACAAAUCCACAGACUCCGCAGGGGAGCUGAGCAACCAUACGAAGCAGAAGUACAAAGAGGCAAAGUCAGGCCAGAGCCACGCGCGGGAUGUGGGGCUUCCAAAGUCUGCCGCUUCAGAUGGCAAAGAGAAAAUUAUCAGUUGGAGAGCAGAUGAGGAGAAAACAAAAGAGAGGCAUUCUCACGGGGAACUUUCUAUGUUUGAGAAAUUUGUCCUGGAUUCCGACUGCGGUAAAGGUGGGAGUGCGGCCAGCAAGAAAGGACUCCCUAAAAAUAAUGCAGAGGACAUCUCAAAGGACAGAAGUACGUCAUCAAAGGAGAAGGAAGCCAAAAAGAUUGAAGUUAAAGAUAAGCCCCAAAAGAGGCAUGACUCUGAAAAGGAAGAAAAGAGCAGGAAAGAACAGAAAGUAUUCAGAAAUUUGAAGGAGAUGAAAAGUGCAUUUGAUGUGUUUAACCUCUCUUUGGAAGAAAAAAAUGAUUUGGACAAUCGAAAGAGCGACGACUCUGCGCAGGAUUGUCGACCUACAGAGGAACUGAAAUUGAGAAAUAGAUAUAAGGACAAUAAGAGUACACGGGAUGAGACGGAUACCUGGGCUUACAUUGCGGCAGAGGGUGACCGUGAUGCCAUUGAGGAUUGUCCAGAGACAAAGCAACAGACCGUGAGCUUGGGGAUGGACAUGCAACUCGAGUGGCUAACGCUAGAAGAUUUCCAGAAGCACCUGUACGGAAAAGACGAGAACCAUUUGCCAAAGGAAGCAGUAACCUCCACUCAGCUGCGUGAAGCUGUUAAAAAUGGACAUUACGCUACAGUAAAGAUGGCACUUAAUUCCAACGAAGACUAUAAUCUUGAUCAGGAGGAUUCUAGUGGAAUGACUCUUGUGAUGCUCGCUGCUGCUGGAGGUCACGAUGACAUCCUUCGACUCCUCGUCCGGAAAGGAGCUAAAGUGAACUGCAGACAGAAAAAUGGAACGACGGCACUGAUUCACGCAGCAGAAAAGAACAACCUAACAACUGUUGCCAUCCUUUUGGAAGCUGGGGCGUGUGUAAAUUUGCAACAGAAUAGUGGUGAAACUGCUUUAAUGAAGGCUUGCAAGAGAGGAAAUUACGAUAUUGUCCGGCUUAUGAUUGAAAGUGGAGCAGACUGCAACAUUUCAUCCAAGCACCAGAGCAAUGCCCUUCAUUUUGCUAAACAGUGUAAUAACUUGCUAGUGUAUGAGCUCCUUAGAAGUCACUUGGCUACGCUCUCACGGGUGGCGGAAGAGACAAUCAGGGAGUACUUUGAAGCUCGGCUCAGUUUGAUGGAACCCAUGUUUGAUGUUGCGUGUCAUCGACUUUGUGAGGGACCAGAUUAUUCUUUGGAUUUCACCUAUAAACCCCCACAGAAUGUACCAGAAGGAUCUGGGAUUCUUCUAUUCAUUUUCCACGCAAACUUCUUUGGAAAAGACAUCGUUGCUCGGCUCUGCGGACCAUGCAGUGUGCAAGCUGUCGUUUUGAAUGACAAAUUCCAGCUGCCUGUGUUCUUGGUAAAUCCUUCCCAUUACAAAAAUGACAGUCAUUUUAUUUACUCCUUCAGCCCGAUUCCAGGCCCCAACAAACUCUUCAUACGUUUGGUAGAAGCUCCUACUGCCAAGGUAAAACUGCUCAUUGGUGCGUACAGAGUAAAAUUGCAGUGACCUCACAAAACUAACAUUGACGCAAUUCUUUUAUUGGAGUACUUUCUCAUUUUUUAAAAUUAGUUUUGAGUGAUAAAGCAGUUUGGAACUCUUGUUGCAUUCUGUACUCCAAUAGUGUUUCAACCUUGGCUCCUUUUUCUUGGACUCCGCUUACACAUGAAUGUGUGUGCUAGCCAGCAGAUGUGCUGUUCAAGAAUACCACGACGGGAUGGUUUUAAUUUUGUAUAUAUAUACCUGUAUUUGUGCCAAUGAUUAUAACUCCAUUUUUAAGCCGUAACAUCCAGACUGCGUAUCUCAGCAUUUCCACAAUGUGGAAUGGUGCAAAGACCCUGAAGGUAAUCUUUUUUAAAAAGCCAGGAUCUUAAUUAUUUGUAAAAACUGAAAUGUUGUUGUAACUACAGUGUUUAUAUUUAAGCUUCUGUUCCUUUCUCCAAGAACUAUACUUGCUGUGGAUGUCAAGGUAACAAGGCAGACAGCACUUCUGUUUAAUACAGGAUUGUUUGAAGUAACAUAUCCAGCACGGGUGGGUUUGUGGAUGGUGGCUUAGAAAGCAUGGAUUGGUUCAGCAUAAUUGUAAAAAAAGUUUCUAGUGUUCCUGAUUUAUAGUUAAUAGCUACAGGGGAGAAAACAUAGUUUUGCAAAUCCUUUCCAGUUAUUUUUGUAAGACCAGUCAUCUGUAUACAUUCAUGUACAUGAAUUCAUGUAAUUUCUUCCUGAAAUGUACACCUGUUGCCCUGUAAGUGACCCAUUUUUAAUUGCCUGACAACAGUUCUUUAGUGACUCUGUGCUAAUAAAAAUGUAAAACACC